GCGUGACCCUCCGUCACGUGACAGACGAACAGCGAUGGAGUGACUUAAAGGACGGUUAAUAAGCAGCGUAGACGUUAUAAACUCCGGGAAAUGGAGUGAGAUGCUUUAUAACCGCUGACCAGACCACCAGGCUGUUUCUCUGGCAUCUGCAGGCUGCCAGUAACCGUACAAAAGAUGAACGCUUUAGUUGCUCUUUGUCACUUCUGUGAGCUCCACGGGCCUCGGACGCUGUUCUGUACCGAAGCCGUCCACCCUCCGUCCCCGUCGCCCCCACAGCCCUGCUCCGCUCUGCUGGGUGACCAAGGAGAGCGAGAUGGAGAGGGACUGACCAUGAGGGCCAACAGCUCCGCCACGCAGAGGGCCGACAUGUGUGAGGGCUGUCGCUCUCUCCCUGCGUCUCAUCCUGGUUUUGUCAGUGUUGACUCAGAAACCGGGAUUCGUUACCUCAGCCAUCAGCACCCGAGGCAGCCUCAGCUCUUCAGCAUGGUGCGGCAGGCGUGCGUACGCAGCCUCAGCUGUGAGGUGUGUCCAGGCAGAGAAGGACCCAUCUUCUUUGGGGACGAACAGCAUGGCUUUGUGUUCUCACACACGUUCUUCAUCAAAGACAGCCUGGCGAGAGGUUUCCAGCGCUGGUACAGUAUCGUGAUGGUGGCCAUGGACAGAAUUUACCUCAUUAACUCCUGGCCUUUCCUGCUGCGCCACCUUAAACUCACUAUCCAGAGUCUACAGAGCACUGCACUAAAGGUGUUUGACACUGAGCAAGGCGUGUGUCCUCAGAGAGCCGUUCGGAUGAACAGUGCAUUCUCUCCUGCAGUGUUUCCUCAUCAGCGCAGCGGGAAUGCCGCCCGCUCUCUGACCUCCCUCACCCAGCACCCCAACCUGUGGGCCAGCCUGCACGCCUCGUUCAGCUGGUUGCUGAAGGCUUGUGGGAGCCGACUGACUGAGAAGCUUCUAGAAGGAGCUCCUACUGAAGAUACACUUGUUCUGAUCGAAAGACAAACAGAACAAGAAGAGGAGAUGAAUGCGGAGGGAGGUGGGAAUAAACCACAGCUCGGCCAAUCAGAGAGCGCGCAGGGCAGGGGUUUCCUCUGUGGUGACGACGGGAAACCUGAAGAAACUGCUGGACCAAAGUUCAGGUCACUGAGGCAUCUGAGACAGGUUCUCGGUGGAGCAGAGUUCCGGCAGUUGGCGUGGCACGUGCUCAUGGGAAACCAGGUGAUCUGGAGAGGAACAGACCGAGGACUCAUCCAGUCAGCUUUCAACAUUCUCAAGGCCUUGCUCCCAGUGGGUUGCGUCCGGGUGGAGUGGUACAGCUCGCAGUAUGAAGAGGCGUAUCGAUGUAACUUCCUGGGUCUGAGUCCGGACGUUCAGAUCCCCGCUCACGUCAGUUCAUCAGAGUUCACGGUGUUGGUGGACGUGCUGAACGUGGAGCAGGGCUUUGUGCAUGCUGGCUGUGAUGACCUCCUCUCACUGUACCAGUUCAGCAUCAGCAGCGCCAACACACAGCCAACAGACAAAGGUCCGACUCUGCUGAAUAAGCUUGAGGUCGCUCUGACUAACGAGAACCUGUCUGUGGAGGUGGUGUCUCACUGUCUGCUCUGUCUGAAGGAGGAGUGGAUGAAUAAAGUGAAGGUGCUGUUUAAGUUCUCGAAGGUGGACGGCCGAGGCAGGGAGGACACUCAGAAGGUUCUGGCCCUGCUGGGGGCCACCGGACCUGGAGAAGAGGAUAAUGUACGCCUGCUCAAAUUCUGGAUGACUGGACUCAGCAAAACCUACAAGAGCCAUUUAAUGACAGCGGUCAGAGGAGUAGAGCGGACACUGAGCCAGUAAGAGGAAGCUGGAGGAGAAAGGCUUUGUGCUGGUUAUCGAGACGGAGUGCAUGAAUUGGGGGUUUUUCCUCGUUAGAGAACAUUUUCUUUGGACUUUGCUGAGUUGCUGAAGAAACAGGAUCAUGUCUCAGGAGGUGGUUUUGUGCGUUAAAUGCAAAAUCUUCAUAUGGCCGCUUCACAGCAUGCACACAACUCCGCGUUAUGGUUACGCUGCAUAUACGUUCAUAUAUCUGUGUACGUUCAGCUAACUCUUGUCUAAUUACAUGUUUUGCUGAUUUUCUAAGUCCUCAUCACGUCUACAGGGAACAAAUUUAAAUACGGCAUUUUUCUGUACAAUUUCUUUUGCUGGCUUUAACGUAUUUAGAACAAAAUAAAUGUGCCAAAACUUUUAA